UAUAUAUUGAUGUCGAAAGCUUUCCUAGACAAGAACACACACUAGAAAACCAAACAUGGAUUUGAACUCUUCAAUGAUUUCUCACCUCCUAUGUUUUCUUCUCCUUGUUUCUUUGGUUUAUCCAAUUUAUUGUUCAAAAACCAGUAGCCAUCAUUUAGCCAAUCAAACUUUUCAACAAGAGGAAAAGUUUCGCAAGUUGAAGGAAAAGAUAGCAAUUCAUCUUCAGCGGAUCAACAAGCCUGCCGUCAAAACUAUUCAUAGUCCUGAUGGAGAUAUUAUAGAUUGUGUUUUGUUUCAUAACCAACCUGCGUUUGAUCAUCCUUUAUUGAAAGGACACAAACCAGCGAGUCCUCCAAAACUACCAAAAGGGUAUGUCGAAGAUAAUUCAAGUGAUUUCGCUCAAUUGUGGAGUUUAUCAGGAGAAUCAUGCCCUGAAGGAACUAUUCCAAUUAGAAGAACACGAGAAAAAGAUAUUUUAAGAGCUGGUUCUAUUGAUAAAUUUGGAAAAAAGUCAAGUGAUUUUAAAAAGAACGCCAAUGGUACACCUAAUGGUGAUCCAGUCGAGUAUGCAGUUAUAACUGUGAAUGACGGAGCGGUAUAUGGAGCAAAGGCAAUCAUAAACGUGUGGGCACCUUAUAUGGAAAGUAAAAAUGAAUUCAGUGCUUCUAAAAUUUGGAUCACCUCUGGUGAAGCUGAUGAUCCAACUCGCAAUUCCAUUGAAUUUGGUUGGCAGGUGAGUUCAUUUCACUACGGAGACGACCGCCCAAGAGUCACUGUUUAUUGGACGGCCGAUGGAUAUCACAAAACUGGAUGCUACAAUUUACUAUGCCCAGGUUUUAUUCAAACUAACCACAAAAUUGCAUUAGGAUCCAGAAUUGUUCCGGUUUCUACGUAUAACGGGAAACAAUUUGGUAUUGAGCUAAUGGUGUGGAAGGACUCAAAUGACGGGAAUUGGUGGCUAAAAUGGGGAUCUGGACUUCUACUUGGAUAUUGGCCAGCGAAAUUGUUUACUUACUUAAAGGAUUAUGCAAUUGAUGUGCAAUUUGGUGGAGCAGUAAGUAAUCUAAAAACAGCAGGGUCUCACACUUUCACUCAAAUGGGUAGUGGACAUUUUCCAGAAGAGGGUUAUGGAAAAGCUUCACACUUUAAGAAAAUUCAACUUGUGGAUUAUGAUGACUCCUUGUAUGAUUUGCCAUCUGAUCAUACCACUGAAAUUUCGUUCCCAGGUUGUUAUAAUUUAAAGGAAGGGAAAGGUUAUGAUUGGGGAAAUUACUUUUACUAUGGUGGACCAGGCAGGAAUAUUAAUUGUCCCUAAAGGAACAAAUAAUAUACAUUCAGAAUUAUAAUCCAUGUCCACCAAAUUCUUCUAUGCUCCUCCAAUCAAUAAAAUGAGAAUUCAAAAAAUGCACAAACAAAAACAAUUAAGUUCUGUUAUAGAGGAAUGUAAUUGUUACUUAAUUGAUUAAUUUAAUGAUCAAACAAGAUUAGUGAACAUGUGAUAGAUUCAA